AUGUAUUUGGCGGCAGCACAUGAGCUUCUAGAGUACUUUCGCUAUCUUCGGAGCUCGCCGUCGAAGGCAGCUGCCUUGAUCGCCCCCGCAUCAACCGAAGAGGCCAAAGACAUCAAGAUGCGAAUCUUGGCCGAGAUGAAAGCUGAAUGGCGAAUGGUCUUGCAACUCGAAAGCAGCUCGCUGAAUGCAGCAGAGCUCGUGGAUCACUGCAGAUUUGUCUGCUUUCAGUGCUACCGCGAGUUGAUGGUUGGCUGGGAGAAGCACGACUGGUCUGAGCACCCCGAGGCCCUCGACCUAACCAAGGCUUGGUUCCCGGAGACUGCAUGGUCUUCGAACAUCGAGUCACUGUUCAAGGAGAUGUCCACGGCAGUGAAGCGAAGUGGGCAAUCGGACGUGGGCUCCCUCCCGAACUUGAUGGCUGUAGCGAUGGGUCGCGAUCCGGCGACGGAAAUGGCAUCCUUCUGGGUGCCCGAGAUGUUCUCUUCAGGGAUGCUUUUCAGCCGCGAAAACACCUUCUACCUGUCGACGGGCCGAACACCCGGGAUCCUGAAUGCCUUGAAGCUGAAAGAGCUUCACUACGUCUUUAAGGGCCGACUUCCUCCGAUGGAGGUAGACGAGACUUGUGUCGUGCUGAACGGCUCGGAGACACAGGACCUUUUGUCAAUGGAGGAGAGCAGUCCUGCAUUGACUCUGGACAUUGGGAGGCAGCUGGUUCAGUGCCUGCUCGUGAAGCUCGAAGAGGUGCGAGUGUAUGAUUAUACAUGCCAUUUGGUCGAGUCUCCCUUGGGCGAGAAACUCGGCACGAAUCUGGUGCUGCGGCGGGGAUGCAAAUCCUUCAGCCUCAUGGGCUACCUCGUCGAAACUGGCGGCAUCAUGAAGCUUACGGUGUCGAUUCUGAUUGACUUCAUGGACCACCAUGGCUGCAGAUUGCCGAAGAACACAACGAAAUCGCAGAGAAUAAGACAAAUUCUCAAAAUGGAGCACAUCCGCGAGCAAUGCAGCGAACGGAAGAUGAAUGAUCUUUUGCAAUUGCUCGAGAAGCAGGAGGAGAAAAGAAAGAAGAAAGCCGAGAAUCAGGUUGAACCUGGGGAAGAGGGCGAGAUCCAAUGGGAGGAGCUGGAGGAAGAUGCGGCCACGAAUGCAUGCCGGGAAUUGCUCCGUGGCCAGGCUGACGAGGAUGAAGAUGAUGAAGCCCCUAAACUCGAAAAUGUCUUGUAUUUUUCUUCUUCUCUCUUUCUCUCUCUCUCUCUCUCUCUCUCUCUCUCUCUCUCUUUCCGAAGAAGCCAAGGUGUCGCCCGAGCCGGACGGCGAGCCUACGGCUAUGGUUCCUAG